AUGGAGUUUAUUGUCUUGCUAUCGUACCAACAAUUCGAUUAUACUUGCUUUGGCCUGCACAAUCAUUUCGGCCAACAUUGCAGCCCACAUGCCUCGGAGACACUAAACACUGCACAGGCCGCCUGUUGUGACACAUCCAUUGCCCUCGGCGCGCCUGCGCCCUGUAGCAGCCUGAGUUAUCGCAAGCCCUCUCUGCGAGGCGCAUCAACAACCUUGCCCACCAUGGCGUCCAAGUCGGCCAUCUCCAAGAGCACCCGUAUCAAGAUCAUGAUCGGUAUUGAUACGGCCUUCUUCCUCCUCGAACUCAUUUCCGGCUUCGUUGCGCAUUCCCUUGCCCUCACUGCCGAUGCUUUCCACAUGCUCAACGACAUCAUCUCGCUCAUUAUCGGUCUCUGGGCUGUUGUCGCUUCGCAAAAGGAAACUACCGACGAAUUCACCUUUGGCUGGGUUCGCGCCGAGAUUCUUGGUGCCUUUUUCAACGCCGUCUUCCUAAUCGCCCUCUGCGUCUCCAUCAUUCUCGAAGCCCUCACCCGACUCGUCGAGCCUCCCGAGAUCACCCAACCCAAGCUGAUCCUCAUUGUUGGUACUGCCGGUCUCAUCUCUAACCUCCUCGGUUUUGUUGUCCUCGGCGGCCACGGCCAUGACCACGGACACGCCGACGAGGAAGAGGGCCACGAUCACGAGCAUGGCCACUCGCAUAGCCACUCGCAUAGCCAAGACAUUGACGAGGAGCGUCGCAACAUCGCCGAUGAAUCUGGUCCUGUUGAAGAUGUCUACCCCGACGUCGUUGUCGGCAAACUCACUGCCGCCGCCCAAGCCCGUACCUCCUCCGAGAGCCUAGCGCGUGGUCGCCGCCUCUCUGCGAAGAGCCAACAGCACUCGCGCUUCACAAGCAUCGACGACAUGAGCAUCCAUCCCUCCAGCUUCCGCCAGGACAUCAUUGCCGCCGCCGGCAAGCACCAGUCUCCCGCUCCGCUUGACAGCGAAUCCUCCAACGAUGAGCCUACAGCCGACGAGGCCGAGCCAACCGAGACAUCGCCCCUCCUCAACGACUCCAAGGGCAACAAUGGCGCCACUGCUAUCAGACCGCACACUACCAAAACCAAGCACCGAACACGUCGGAACUCGAGCGUCCACGCUGGCCACAACCAUACCCUCCCUCAGAAGGCUGGCAAGACCACUGGCCACAACCACGCCGACAUGGGUAUGAACGCCAUGAUGCUCCACGUUCUCGGCGAUGCCCUCGGCAAUGUCGGCGUCAUCGCCACUGCCCUGGUCAUCUGGCUCACGGAAUGGCCCGGCAAACACUACGCCGAUCCUGCCGUCUCGCUCUUCAUCACUCUCAUUAUUCUGAAGACGUCUAUCCCGCUCACACUCGCAACCUCGCGCAUCUUGCUACAAGCCACCCCCGAGAACAUUAGCAUCAAGGAUAUCCGACAGGAUAUCGAGAGGCUGCCUGGUGUCGUCAGUUGCCACCAUAUCCACGUCUGGCAGCUCUCCGACACCAAGAUUGUCGCCAGCAUGCAUCUCCAGGUUGAGUUCCCCAUCAACACACAUAGUGGCGAAAAGUACAUGCAGCUUGCCAAGCGUGCCCGCAAUUGCCUCCACGAGUUUGGCAUCCAUAGCGCCACCAUCCAGCCCGAGUUCUGCCUCGACCAAGACCACGAGCAUCUGAGGGAUGCUGCUGCGCUGACCCUCGACGGCCAAAACGACCCUACCGCUCCUUGUCUGCUCGAGUGCAUCGACGACUGUCAGGGCCAAAGCUGCUGCACGGCCGAGGGUUCCUCCAAGUCGCCCUCUGUCCGACGUGCCAGCAACUCAUCACAUACGGCGGCGUAA